ACUUCCCGCCACAUGUUCUCGCCAUUUAAAAUCAUCACAACAAUACACACGAAACUCCGGGAGACACGUGGGUAUUUUCGCAGCAAAGUGGACGCUCCCCAGGUCUUGCCCUACUGCUGUUCUCAAGUAUAUUGAACCGGCGAAUCGGCUGCUAUAGAAAAAUGGUUCGAGGAAGAGCAGCUUCAAAAGUUGAAGCUAAAGAAGUUAAAGUAAAUGGAGAAGUAUCCAAAGUACCCAAAGGAAGAGGGCGGAAACGCACACUCACAUCCAAGGCUCCACUUGAAGUAAAAAAGGUCAAAGUGAAAUUAGAAGCCCCAAAGGUAGAAAAUGGUGUGUUGCUAACAGUGGGAAUGGGUGACAUUGGUCAGCUUGGUUUGGGACCAGACGUCGAAGAGAAGACUCGACCAGCCGUUGUGACCUCUCUGAGCGAUAUUGUUGCUAUUGCAGCAGGUGGCCUCCAUUCAGUGUGUUUGGAUAAAACUGGCAAGGUUUAUACAUGGGGCUGUAAUGAUGAAGGAGCCUUGGGUCGCCAUACAGACAAUGAUGAAGACACCUACACCAGUGGCGUUGUGAACAUCGAUGGAAAAGUGGUUCAAAUUAGUGCUGGAGACUGUCACACAGCAGCGCUUCUUGAAGAUGGCCGAGUGUAUGCUUGGGGAUGCUUCAGAGAUAACAAUGGCCCAUUAGGUUUCUUGGAUAAAGGGAAUUUACAAAAAACACCUAGACAAAUUUUAAGUGAUGUUCCUGUUAUAAAGAUCUCCUCUGGCAAUAAUCAUCUGGCAUUACUGUCUCAAGAUGGCCGGGUGUUCACAUGUGGCUGUGGAGAGUCUGGACAAUUAGGCAGGAUUGCUGAAGUUUUCGCCUCCAGAGAUUCUAGAAACCGAAAAGGCAUAGAAACUUUACUAGAUCCACAGCCCAUUAAAGUGUUCAAGAGUCGCAAAGCUGUUCUCUUCGAUGAUGUGUGGGCUGGAGGCGUUGGCACUUUUGCCAGGGCAAGAGAGACUGGAAAUAUUUAUGCAUUUGGUCUCAACAAUUACAACCAACUAGGUGAUGAAGAUACCAACCUUAAGUUCCAGCCAGUUUUGUUGAAGAGUUUUGUAGGUAAAACCUGGAAACAAAUCUCAGGUGGACAGCAUCAUAGUUUGGCUCUUACUGAUGAUGGCACAGCAUACUGUAUGGGACGUCGAGAAUAUGGACGUCUGGGUUUAGGAGAAUUGCAACACGACAUCAAGAAACCAACAGCAAUAACAACUUUAGAAGGACAGAAGGCCAUUAGUGUGUCAGCUGGUGAAUGUGUAUCUCUAGUGGUUAUGGAAUCUGGUGAUGUGUAUGGUUUUGGGAUGGGCACGAACAACCAGCUGGCCCAGGGAGACGAGGAUGACCAGUUGGUUCCUGUGAAGUUGACUGGUAAGCAACUGGUCGAUCGAAGAGUUGUGGAUGCUGUAGCUGGAGGACAACAUACAAUUAUUCUUGCUGUUCCCAAAUGAUAUUUGUAAUUUUAGGGUGUACUAUUUUUUGUUGUAAUAAUGUAAUUUGCUCAGUGGCACAGCAAAAGAAGUGUCCACAUGCUUGUUUUGAUAACUUAUUUGUACAAAUUUGUGUGGCUGAAUGCAUGGGAAACCUGUGUGUGAUUUACAUUAAAUCAUUUACAUUUUGAAUCUGAAUGUGUAUUUGGUUAAUAAUGUCGUAAAUGUACUGUUGAUGACUAAGAACAGUAUGCUACAAACUAGAUCUAUAAGUAGAAUAUUUAAUAAAAAACAAAAAGCAGUUUUUAUUGCUAUUUAUCUUUGGUAAAGAUGUUUUGCUGUGUUUUCAUCUCUCUUUGGUUUUUUGUUUUCUCUAUUGGGGGGGGAGGGGGUUAACAUUUUUAGUAAAAUUUGGGAUCUUGCCAUAUUUUUUCUUUGAAUUUUGAAAUACAAUACAGUUAGCUUUAGAAGCUUAAUCCUUGCUUGUUACAUAGUUGAGACUAAGGUUUAAAGUAUUUAUUUUCAUGCUUUUCUCAUGAAAGAGUUUUGACGGAUUCCAAAGAAAGUGUUUUAAUUAAUUUUAAAGACAGGCCACUUACAUUUACUUUUAUUCAUAAGUUUUCAGAAAUAUUUUUUAUGUUAAAAGAAACUUUUACUUGAUGGUCCAGUAAUAUGUUAAGAAACAAUUUAAUUGUAUUUUGGAUGAGCAAUUCGGUGACGUGAAUUUCUUGGCUCCUGUGAUUAAAAUAAAGGUUUCGCAGAUAAA